AUGGGACCAAUUAUCAUUGAUGCCAGAGGUCAUCUUCUGGGUCGACUGGCUGCCACCACGGCCAAAUCAAUUCUGCAAGGUCAGAAAAUAGUUGUUCUAAGAUGCGAGGGCAUAAACAUUUCUGGAAAUUUUUACAGGAACAAGUUGAAGUAUUUAGAUUUUUUGAAAAAAAGAAUGAAUACCAAUCCAAGCCGAGGUCCUUACCAUCAUAGAGCUCCCAGCAAAAUAUUUUGGAGAACUGUUAGAGGUAUGUUGCCACACAAGUUACAUCGUGGUAAGGAGGCUUUGGAUCGUCUGAAAGCAUUUGAGGGAGUACCUCCACCUUAUGACAAACAAAAAAGAUUUGUUGUUCCUUCUGCUCUUCGCAUAAUUAGGCUACCACGAAGAAAGUUUUGCCAGUUAAGCAGGCUGUCGCAUGAAGUUGGUUGGAAGUAUCAAGGUGUUGUAGCAACUCUUGAAAAAAGAAGAAAAUUGAAAUCAUCAUUGUAUUUUAAAAAGAAAAUAUGUGAAAAGAAAUUGAUGGAACAAGCGAAAAAGAAUGUUAUAUCGAAAGUUCCACAGUACCAGAAAAUAAUUGAAUCGUAUGGCCAUCAUUAA